CUACCGGCACCACCACCACCCCCUACCACCACCCCGUACCCGCACCACCACCACCCCCUACCAGCAGCCCCGUCAUGGCUACUGCCGUGGACAGCUUCGCGCUGCUGUGGAGGGAGCUGUGCGGGUCUCUGUCUCCCUACCAGGAGGCGCUGGCGCUGCUGGGCGCCCUCUACGCGGCCGGGCGCGCCCUGCGCGCGCUGCGCGCCCUCGGGGGCGCCCUGCGCGUGCACGCGGCGCCGCGCCUCCUGCCGCUGCUGCGGGGGGCGCCCCCCCGCUCGCUCACCGCCUCGCACGGCACCUGGGCUGUGGUCACCGGCCCCACGUCCGGCAUUGGCCGCGCGUACGCCCGCGAGCUGGCACGCCGCGGGCUCGGCGUGGUGCUGGUGGGGCGCGACGCGGCCCGUCUGGGCGCCGCCGCAGAGGAGCUCCGUCGAGACUUCCCCGUGCGGACCCUCGAGGUCGUGGCCGACUUCGGCCGCGGCCCCGCUGCCUACGGGGAUAUCACGCGCGCCCUCGAGGGGAUGGACGUGGGCGUGCUGGUGAACAACGUGGGCGUGAUGCCGGUGGUGCCGGGCCCCUUCCUGUCGGCCGGCGAGGAGCAGCUGUGGCAGCUGGUGAACGUGAACAUGGCGGCCGCGAUGCUCAUGACGCGCCUGCUGCUGCCCGGCAUGCUGGAGCGAGGCCGUGGGGCCGUGGUGAACGUCUCCUCGGGCAGCUGCCUCAAGCCCACGCCCUACAUGGCCGCCUAUGCCGCCACUAAGGCCUUUGUGGAGAGCUGGAGCUGCUCGCUGAGCCGGGAGUGCGCCGGCAGCGGCGUCGCCGUGCAGACGCUCAUCCCCUUCUACGUGGCCACGCGGAUGACCGCGCCCGGCCGCUUCUUCCGCCGACCCUGGCUGUUCGUGCCCUCGGCGGAGGAGUACGCGCGUCACGCCGUCAGCACGCUGGGAGUCGCGCGACGCACCACGGGUUACUGGCCGCACACGUUGCAGAUGUGGAUCGCUCAACUGAUGCCGGAGUGGCUGUGGGCGUGGUUUGCGAUGCACAUCAACAUCCUCCUCUGGAAGCCGUGAAGACAACGGCGGGAUCCGGAACAUUGACACCACCAGCACUUGGAAUCAGAAUCUUUCGAGUGCCCGAUGGAUGAGCUUUGAAUGUAUGAUAUCCACUCCGCUAUUAGUCUUGGCCAUAUUAGUCUUGGCCUUAUUCCAUCACCUCUUCUAGCCGUGACGCGUCCUGCCCAAGCCCACUGACCUCUUUUUUUCCUCUUCCAUACAAUGUUUAUUUUACAAGAACCAAACCUUGCCGUCCUUCGCAAGGGAUCACUUAUAUUCUUGGUUCUUUCGGUAAAGUCACGUGACGAUAUCUUUGCUGCGCCUGUGGGCAGCGCAGCAAAGAUAUCGUCGUUCUGUGCUUCUAUGUUACCGCGUCUCUUGCUCCUCCACCUUCACCAACCCGUGCUGACGAGCGAGAGACAGUAUGGUCACAUAACCCCCCAUGACCAGCGGCCGUCACAUGGAUUGGCAAAGAAGCUGUAAAUUCAUAAUCACUACAUUAUUAUAAAAUACUUGGAAAAUG